CUUUAACGUCCGAAGAUACGUUUCUCUUUUUCUUUUCAUUUUUACCUUUGUUAAUGUGAUUAUCUUCAACUGUGCCAACCUUGAAUUGUUCAAAUUAAUAAAAAUUAGGACAUAUUAUAGGGUAAUUGCAAGUGAGAAGAUAUUGCAGAACAAUUAACAGCAGCUAGCUAGCAAAUUGACGACGACGACUACUAUGUCCGGCCCUCAGUGCUGCUCAAAUCCACCAAUUCUCAAACCGGAAAGCUACGGAGUAGACAACAGUGAUGAAAAACUUGGAGGCCUUAACGUCUACGUUGCGGGCUCCCCUAACUCCAAGCUUGCCAUCCUUCUUAUCUCUAAUGUCUUUGGAUAUAGAGUUCCAAACUUGAGGAAGCUUGCCGAAAACAUUGCAGCUGCAGGAUUCUUUGUGCUAGUUCCGGACUUCUUCUAUGGCGAUCCAUUUGUACAUGAUAAUAACAGGUCUCUAGCAGUGUGGUUACAAGAUCAUGGAACGGAUAAGGGAUUUGAGGAUGCAAAAUCAAUAAUUAAUGCUCUUAAAGGUAAAGGAGUGUCUGCAAUUGGAGCUGCCGGCUUCUGUUGGGGUGGUGAGUGGUUACUUUCACAUACAACAUUUUCUACUGGAUGCUUAAUUAGUUCCAUUGCCCAAGCCAAAGUCGUGACUGAACUUGCCAAGUCCGACUUCAUCCAAGCGGCUGUGCUGUUACAUCCUUCAUUUGUUGCUUUGGAUGAUAUUCAGGAGGUUAAAGUUCCCAUUGCGAUUCAAGGAGCUGAGAUUGACGACUAUUCUCCACCAGAACUCAUGAAACAGUUCGAGCAGAUAUUAGCUGCAAAACCUGAGGUUGAUAGCUUUGUGAAGAUAGUUCCGAAGCUGAACACGGUUGGACCAUGAGUUACAAUGCUGAAGAUGAAGAAGCUGUAAAGCGUGCAGAGGAGGCUCAUAGAAACACACUGGCGUGGUUCGUUAAGCAUGUCAAGUGAUUACUUUAUUCUCAUUCGAGAUAAGAACAAUAUCGUAUGCUUCCUGCUGUCUGUAAUUUGAGAAGUACCAUUGCAAAAAUAACUUUUCGCGCA